UGGCCAAUGGGGGCGGGCCGCGGGAGGCCGCGGGUAGCCAUGGCGACGCUGCUGCCGCUGCUGGCCAUGGCGGCGGCGAUGCCGUCCGCCCGCGGCUUCUCACUCCCGCUGCAGCGACCCGACGGCUGUGGCGGCGCCCGGUACUUCGACAUCUCCCGCCUGGCCUGCGGGCCCUGCGGCGCCCACCAGCGACAGAGCGCCGGCGGUAGCUCAUGUGAAUGUCAGCCCGGAUACAGGAUGGUUUCCAGUAAUGGUGGGUCCUCUGUUAUUUGUGAAAAAUGCCCAGAGAAUAUGAGUGGAGUUACUCAAGAUGGGUGGAAUUGUAUUACUUGCCCUAAAGGCCUAACUUCAGAAGGAAAAUGUAAAUGCCUCAAUAAUGAAAUAUUAGUGGAAAGAAGUAUUGAUGGUAUUUUGCUUAAUGAAGCACUGUGCAUGCAUUGUAAUGGAAGUGAGCCAUCUUUCUCUGCUUCAGAUGCAUCAGGAAAUAGGUGUGGAAGAUGUGAACAAACAUUCAUCAAUGUAAGCAAGUCUUGUGACUGCAGCAGCCCAAACGUUUUAACUGGGGGAUUGUGUUUCAGUGCUAGUGACAGCUUACCCCCAAAGGGAGUUGCAACUGUUCGUUUUGCACAGCUGGGUAUAACACUGACAUCAGCAUGGUUUCAGAAAAACCUGCAAUCGUCAGCCUCUGCCUGUUGGUUGUACUCCAAUCUAACAGCAUGUCAAGCUCUUGGAAAUAUGUGUGUAAUGAAUAUGAACUCACUGAGUUCUUCAAGUACUGAUGCCUGUGGUUUAUUUCACUAUAUUUAUGUCAAUACAGCAAGGCUAGGCAUUGUUCAUUCAAUAGCCUUCUGGAGGCAUAAUCUUCCAUGGCUAUAUUAUGGUGAUCAACCAGGAUUAGCAUCCCAAGUGCUUGAGGCAAAUCAUUUCCCUACAAUCUUCAGUUUUAAAGGAACGGAUAAGGAUGUAAAGCUUCAAUUUAUUGCAGCCUCAUUUGAUGCAGCAGGAAACUUUCUUCAGUGGCAAAAUUUGGAAGGAGGCAUCUUACAGCUUUGUCCUGAUACCCAAAUUAAAUUGAAUGCAGCUUAUACAUUUGGAACAACUUACCAACAAAGUUGCAAAAUUUCAGUUUCCAAGAUCUUGUUGGAUUUUGCUAAUCCAAUCUUUUAUGACCUAUUCCUUGAAUAUAACGGUGACAAUGGACAACAAUAUCUUUGGGCCGUGCCAGUUUUAAACUUGAAUCUUCAAUACAGUGAAAUGUUUGUUAAUCAAGGCAGUAAUAUGAACAACUGGCUUUUGACUCGUCGAUUUUUUUUGGUGGAUACACUAAGUGGAAAAGAGAAUGACUUGGGAAGACUACCAAGAGUAAUUCGAAUUGCUAGCAAAAUAACAAUAAGUGUUCGUCUGGUAUCCCAUACUCAGAGAGGAACUAUCUACCCGCCUCUGCUUACUAUUGCUUACACAGAUGUGCUUGUCCAAAACCCUGAAACCCAGAGCGUGGUGGUUUCCUUCUCAGUCAGCUAUGAGAUGAAUCAGUCAGAGGCUCAGAUUCAGACUGAUAUCACAUUGGGUGUGUUGGGUGGGCUUGCAGUGUUAUGGUCCCUUCUCAAGACUGCAGGCUGGAAGAGGCGUACAGGAAGCUCUAUAAUUGACUUGCAGACAGUUUUGAAGUUCUUACUGUUUUAUGCUGGAGACCUUGCCAACGUGUUCUUUGUCAUCACAGUGGGCACAGGGAUUUAUUGGCUUGUGUUCUUCAAAGCUCAGCAGUUUGUCUCUGUCCUUUUGCCCCUUCCAUCUCAAGAAGAAUAUUUUGUUACAUACGUAGCAUGUGCGUUUAGUUUAAAGGCUCUGCAAUUCUUACAAUUGCUGGUUUCACAACUUACGAUAGAUAUUUUCUUUAUUGACUGGGAAAGACCUAAGGGCAAAGUUCUUAAAGCAGUUGAAGGUGAAGGUGUUAUUAGAAGUGCUGCUGCACCUGUGAGCAUAUGGAGGACAUAUUUUAUAGCAAAUGAAUGGAAUGAAAUUCAGACAGUGAGGAAGAUAAAUCCCCUCUUUCAAGUGCUUGCAGUUCUUUUUUUUCUGGAGGUGGUGGGAUUUUCAAACCUGGCUUUAAUGGAUUCUUCUUCCAGUCUUACAAGAAACAGUGAGAGUUACAUAGCUCCUUGGAGCCGCAUUUUAAGAUUUGGUGUGUCUGCUGCGCUCUGGCUAGCCAUUGCCUUCUUACAGAUUAUAUUUAUUUCUGUGUUUUAUGAAAGAUUUGUUGAAGAUAAGAUAAGCCAAUUUAUUGAUUUGUGUUGCAUGACCAAUAUUUCAGUGUUUCUCUUGUCACAUAGCUGCUUUGGGUAUUAUAUUCACGGUCGCUCUGUGCACGGACAUGCAGAUACCAAUAUGGAAGAAAUGAAUAUGAACCUAAAGAGAGAAGCAGAAAAUCUAUGUAGUCAGAGGGGUUUGUUACCGAACACAGAUGGCCAGACGUUUCAGAUUUCCAUUUCAAGAAAAAUGCGACUGCACUAUGACAGGAUUCAUGAAACCCUAACAAGAAAACGUGGUCCCGCUAGGCUUUUGGACUCAUCUGCAAAUACUUUCGAACAAAGCACAAGGGCAUACAACACCAUGAACAAAUUUCUCAGUUCUUUUAUUGAUCACGUUCAUAAAGAAAUGGAUUAUAUUGUGAAGGACAAGUUGCUGCUUGAACGGAUUCUUGGCAUGGAGUUCAUGGAACCCAUAGAGAAAAGUAUUUUUUAUAAUGAUGGACACUCUUUCAGUGAUGUUCUCUAUUAUGGCAAUGAGACAACACUGCUCAUCUUUGAUAUUCUCUUUUUCUCUGUCGUGGAUCUGGCUUCCCAAAGUUUUGUUUUAGCCGCUAUUCUAACAUACUUGCAACAAGAGAUAUUUAGGUUUAUUCGUAAUACACUUGGGCAGAAGAAUUUGGCAUCCAAAACCUUGGUGGAUGAAAGAUUUCUCAUUUAAUUAAGAAGACGAAAAACUUUGUUGAGGAGUUAAUUGUGGAAAUUAGGUCCACGAUCAAAGCAUCUCUGACCUGCAGAUUAACUGUCGUGCACUUUUCAAUAAUAAUGAUAUAAUGGUUUUGAAAUUUAUAAGUUUUUAUAUUGUGUGCUAUUAAGCUUUAUUUUUGUGUAUUUACAAAUAUUUUUUAAUUUGUGAACACUAAGCCAUUGGUUUCUAAGAGGAAAGGUACGUGAAAAUAAGACAGAAGUAAACUUACUGUUGUUAUUGGAAUAAGAUAAACACUAUUUAAUGGCUUUUGCUAAGGUAUGGACCACUCACUUUGAGGCAAAAAUUUGAGCAUUCCAGUUGGCAGGAGAGGUUGUCAACUUGCAAGUUUUCUGAAAACCCCUUAAAUCUUUUUCUCUUUUUUUUUGGUAAUUUAUUUGAGGUAUAAUGUUUAGCAAACAUAUUUCCAGUUUUAUGCAGCAGAAGACUUGUUCUGAAUUAAAUUUAUAUUUCAAGAGGACUGUUUAAAGAGCACUUAUUUACAGUGUCUCCAACUUGAAAUUUUAACUUCUCUUUAUUGCAUCAUAGUAUUGUAUGCUUUGUCUCUUCUCUUGAAUGUAUUUUUUUUCUUGAGUGAGAACUAUACAUGUCAAAGUUUCCUUGUGUUUGAGAUACAGUGGUGUUACAGUGAUGCAGAAAAACAGGCAGAGGAGGGGUUAUGGGUAUGUGGUGUUUGUUCCUGAUCUUCUGUCGUCUGAUGCGAGAUGCCCAGCGAAACAGAGUAAUUCUUCUGUGCUGUUUCCACGCAAGUGAAAUAGAAGGAAUUGUUCUUCUCUUUUAAAAAGUGUUUUCACAGGUGCCUCUACAUGCUCAUGUACCUCUGUCUUUCUAAUUUUCUGGUUUUAUUAUCUUUAGUUAUAACACAGAGACUAUAAUCAUCUUACUGUUGUAAUAUUUUUUGAAUUUAGACGAGUUAAUAAUUAUUCAAGUGCCAUUUAUUGAGUGUUAAGGGAGAUUAUGAAUGUCCUUCAAAACACCUUAAGAAGUGAGGUGUCUACCUCCCAUUUGUAUCUCUGAAAAGCCUCCCUACUUUUUUAAAUUUGUGUUUUUCAGUAAAUGAUUAAACGUGAAUAGUGUUUUCUGGU